CCACUACCAAUACUACUUCUGGACCUUUACCAUUACAUACAGCAGCAUCUUCUUUAUCAUCAUCAUCUUCUUCUUCAUUAGCACCUAUCGCUUGGGAUCAUUUAUCACAGGAACGAAUUUAUGAGCUGAUAGUAGUUCAACAACCUUAUCGUGCAAGAAUGUGCGGAUUUGGGGACAAAGACCGACGACCUAUAUCACCUCCGCCUAUCUUACAACUAGUAACAAGAACAAAAGAUGGACAAAUAGUCAAACCAGAAACUAUAGAUGUUUCCUUCUUCAUUGUUUUAUGUGAUAGUUGGCAUGAAGAUGGUACCACUGAAGCCAAUCUUGUUUAUCAUUCUUUUUCCUCACCUCAACAACAACAGCAACAGUUAUUAUUACCAUCAUCAUCAUCAACAACAUCAGCAUCAUCAUCAUUAUCACCUUCAACUAUUCCACUUUCAUCAUCUAACGAAGAAAUCACCAAAACUUUACAAAUGCGUAACCUUGUUGGAUCAUCAGUCGCAUCAGCAGCUAAAUUAUAUGAUCUUGAUGGGAAUCUUGGUAUUUUUUUUGUCUUUCAAGAUAUUAGUUUCCGUACUGAAGGCAAAUUCAAAUUGGCUUUUUCUUUGAUUAAUGUUGGUUCACCCUGCGGAACCACUGUCAAUACCAGUACAUCUACUCAUGUCUUGACAAGGGUAUUUACAGAUCUAUUUACAGUUUAUACAGCAAAGAAAUUCCCUGGUGUUGUCAAGUCUACUCCAUUAUCUCAAUGUUUUGCAAAACAAGGUAUUAAGAUUCCUAUUCGAAAAGAUACUCAAGCAAAAAGAAAAAAGUCGACGAAACAAUCUACUAUUGGUACAAGUCAUCUUGAUGAAGAAGAGGAGGAGGAUGAUGGUGAUGAAUGAAAUAGAUUGGGCAUAGUUAGAAAACAAAAAGUUUUUUUUUUUUUUAAUUUUUUUUAUCAUAGUUUUGAUCUAUUUAUUUCGUCUCUCCUUUUGAUCUCUUUUUUUUUAUGUAUAUUCUUUAUUAUCAUCCAUUUAUUUUUAUUUUUUUUUUUUUUU